ACUCCCUCCGUACCGUACUUCGUACUGAACUAACCUCCUUGUUACAAGCUCCUGACCUGAUUGAUGCUCGUGCCUGACCUUGGACCCUGCCCUGCCCCUCACCCUCUCCUGUUUCUUUCCUACCUUAGGUAUCCCUUUCCCUCGCUAACCUUCACCCUUUCAUCUCUCCUAUUACUCACAACGAAACUGACUACACGAGCCUAUGAUACCUUACAGCUAUCAAAGUCCUCCUUUCCGACGCGUCCUAUUGCCUUUUCCUAAUACCUACAGACCUACCUUACCCUAUUAUAGACGAUUCGUUUCGAGACUCUUUAACAUUCCCCAAAUCUCUCUCUUACGUUUCCCAUCUCCAUCUUCCAUCGUCGAGGCUGUGCCUGAAGAUCCACUCCCUUAUCUUUACGCACCCCCACCUCAGCAACAGGCCAACAUCAGCAACCGCAACCAGAAAACAACGCUCCUUGAUUCUUUGCGCGUCUUUCCAGAUCUCUCUUUGCUUUGUCCAACAUCUAUUUCCCGAGCGGCACUCGGGGCAGACCGGCGAACAACCACUUAUCACGACGUCCCAUCUUCUACUUCCGGAACCCACCGAACUCGGACCUCUUACUCCCCCCUCAUUCCCCCGUAUCUGCCUACGAUAACCGCCAACCGCCAACUGCUACUAACUGGCCAAGGGACACGCCAGAUCCGGGGAGGGAAUCCUGCCCUGGCUGCCCGUGCAAUACCACUUGGAUGCCGAGUAAGCUCCCUCCCUCCUCUAUCGCGCACCCCUUGUUCCUACACUGGCCGUCUCGAGAGCCCGCGUAGCUUCUACUUCUCCGGCCCGCCAGAAACUGACUCAUCCGUCUCUUUCUUCCUGUCACUUAGGCUCGAAGAAGGACAGAAAGAACGCUAAAGAUGGUGGAGGAGUUACCUCGGCAGUGAGCAAGCUCGCUGCUGGGAAGUUCGCGAAAACAGCAACGUGUCUAAAGGCCCCGUCUCCAACUCUGCUUCUUCCUCGUCGGUUGCAUCCCCGGACAUUAAACCCGUCGCUCCAUC